AUGGUCAACAACUUGAUUCCAACGUUGGCAGUGGCCUUUGCCGGCCUCACGCUCUGCGCAGCUCAAGAUAGCUAUACCAAUGAGACAGAUCCUUACUAUGGACAGAGUCCAGCCGUCUACCCCACGCCUGUGGGAAACGGAACGACAAACGAGAAAUGGGCCACAGCAUACCAGCGCGCCAAGUCCCUGGCCGCCCAAAUGACCGUCGAGGAGCUCGCAAACUUCACCCACGGCUGGGAUGGUCUCUGCACCGGCAACACGGGCUCCGUGCCCCGCCUUGGCAUCGAGCCUAUCUGCCUUCAAGACGGCCCGGACGGCGUUCGCGCUCAAGAGUUCGUCUCGGCUUUUCCCUCUGGCAUCCACCUCGGCGCCACGUGGGACCGGAACCUCUCGUAUGCCUACGGCGAGGCCCUGGGCGCCGAGUUCCGCGGUAAGGGCAUCAAUGUCGGUCUGGGACCCGUAGGUGGACCGCUGGGUCGUAUCGCGCGUGGCGGCCGGAACUGGGAGGGUCUGAGUAAUGAUCCGUACCUGUCAUCUGUUGGCGUCGGUGAUAUCACCAAGGGGAUGCAGGAUGCUGGUACGAUUGCGUGCCCGAAGCAUUGGAUCCUCAAUGAGCAAGAGUACCGAAGGAACCCUAGCAUUGAGGAUGGCGAGGCCGGGUCGUCGAAUGUUGAUGACAGGACACUGCACGAGCUCUAUGUUUUCCCUUUCAUGGAUGCGUUGAAGGAGGGCGCUGCGUCAGUCAUGUGUUCGUACAACCGCGCCAACAACUCGUACGGCUGCCAGAACUCGUACCUACUUAAUGGAGUCCUCAAGACCGAACUCGGGUUUGAAGGUUUCGUUGUCAGCGAUUGGGGCGCACAACACGCCGGCGUGGCAACAGCCAACGCUGGCCUCGAUCUCAUAAUGCCAAACGAAGCCUUCUGGGGUGCAUCCCUCGUCGAGGCAGUCAAUAACGGCAGCGUUACUCGCGAGCGCGUCGAGGACAUGACUACGAGGAUCCUCGCGGCCUGGUACUACAUCGGCCAGGACGGCGACGACUACCCCGCCGUCGGCGCUUACUCGAACCUCCAGAAACACGCACCAGUAGACGUACAGAACGGGCACAAGGCAAUCAUCCGCGAGAUUGGCGCUGCCGGUACUGUGCUGGUGAAGAACGUCAAUAGCACGCUUCCAUUCAAGAGUCCCAAGUUCUUGACGAUCUACGGGUACGAUGCUAGCUUGCCGCCUACGCCAUGGGGAAGCACGAGUUAUGGCCCGUCGUGGGGCACCGUUUUGGCGGAUACGUUCAACGGGACGCUGCUUUCUGGUGGUGGCUCCGGAACGACGACGCCUCCUUAUGUUAUUACUCCUUUCCAGGCUAUCCAGGAUCGCGUUAUCGCCGACGGCGGAGUGGUCAAGUGGGACUUUUACUCUGAGAACCCGCAGCCUAACUACGUCAACUCGGAGGCGUGCCUCGUCUUCAUCAACGCGUGGGCUUCGGAGGGAUAUGACCGCCUGAGCCUGACGGACGAGUUCAGCGAUAACCUGGUCAACAACGUCGCUGCCAACUGCUCCAACACGGUUGUCGUGCUUCACUCUGCCGGAACCCGUGUUGUCGAAGCCUGGGCAGACCACCCCAACGUAACAGCAAUCCUCUUCGCCGGCCUCCCCGGCCAGGAAUCAGGCAACUCCCUCGUCGAUAUCCUCUACGGCGACGUCAACCCCAGCGGCAGGCUCCCCUACACUGUCGCCCGCGCCGAGUCAGACUACGGCACCCUCCUCAACUCGACCGUCGAAGCGGGUCCCUUCCCGCAGGACGAUUUCACGGAGGGCUUGUUCAUCGAUUACCGCGCCUUCGAUCGCGAUGGUGUCUCGCCCCGGUAUGAAUUCGGGUUCGGGCUUUCGUAUACUACCUUUGGCUACUCCUCCCUCUCGGCGAGUCCCGCGUCGGGCGUGAGCGCGGGUAUCCCCGAUCCGAGUGUUGCCAUCGUGCAGGGCGGACACCCCGCCCUCUGGGAGGAGGUUGUCUCCGUCAGCGUGACGGUGCAGAACACGGGCGGUGCGGCUGGCCACGAGGUCGCCCAGCUGUAUGUCGGUAUUCCCGUCGAUGGCACGCCUGCGAAGCAAUUGAGAGGAUUCGAGAGGGUAUAUGUUGAGGCGGGCGGGAGCGCGACGGUGGAGUUUGCACUGACGAGAAGAGAUUUGAGCUUUUGGGAUGUGAGCGCGCAGCAGUGGCGGUUGAGCGAGGGUGAGUAUGGGGUUUGGGUUGGAGCGAGUAGUCGGGAUUUGAGGGUGAAUGGGACGUUUACUAUCUAG